AUGACUCAAGAUGGUACAAUUCAUAAUUCAAUUCAAAUCAGAAAGAGAUCAAAGACAGACGAUACAAAUAAUGUAGAAUCACUGAGGAAUAAAAGAAAAUCAGAAGUAUUAAUCGCUGCAAGGUCUAUUGAUAACGAAGUUAGAAAUGUUAAAAACUUGAAAAGAUUAUCUAUAGGCUCCAUGGAUCUACUGAUUGAUCCUGAAUUGGAGUAUAAAGUAUCGCACGUUAAUACAAAUGAUGAUCUUAAUAAGAGAAAAUCUUGGACACCAGAUUCUACAACUUUUACAGGUACUAAAGUCAAUACAAGGCCCAAGAGUAAAAGCUUCGGCACUCACAUUCAUGACCCUCCGUUGGUUAGAAUCAAUAACAAUUCAGAUAGCAGCUCGAGUGACGAAGAGGAAGAUGACAGCAUUGAUAUAACUCGUACCGAGUAUUUGCAUGAUCAAACAACUUUACAAAGUCAAAGAAAACUACCGAAACAUAGAAAUCUUAGUGGUAUAAACUCAUCCAGACAGAGUUCGAGGAAAUUGUCUAAUGAUCGAACAGAUAAUGAAGAUAAAUUAAAAAAUAAUUUAUUGUGGGUUCCGGCAAGUAAACAUCCUAAUGUGAAACCACAAAACUAUAUUGAAUUGGUGCAAGAUACUUUACAACAUAUUCAUAUUGAUGACAGCAAGUCCAAUGACAACGAUAACAUCAAUAAGGAGAACGACGCGCAUUCCAGCAAGAAUGGCUCUUUAGUGCGAAGACCAUCACGUUUGAGAAAAUCUUAUACAGAGUAUGAAGAAGAGAAUUAUCAGGACGAUUACAACAGAAACAACAGUAAUGAUGAGGAAAAUCCGAACAUUGGUAACUUUAGAAGCUCAAAUAAAGGACGUUCCGUCUCCUUAAAAGAUAUAACUGAAGAACUAACAAAAAUUUCAAAUAAAGCUGGUCUAACUGAUUCUGAUGCAAUUACUUUGGCAAGAACUCUAAGCAUGACAGGCUCUUUUUCCAAUGGAACUGAUGACAUGGAACUUCUCUCGAAUUAUAGCGAUCAGCAAGAUAAUAAUUUUAAUAAUGAUGAACACUAUAAUAAAAAUGAUGACGAAUUUGCUUCUAAUAUGCUAAUGAAAAACGGUCUAACAAUUCCACAAAGAUCGUCACUAAGGAGAAGUAAAUUCAAUACCUACAGAGUGCGAUCAUCUUCAGCUCCUUCUAAUAUUCAUUCAAAACCGAUUAACUCAAAUAUCAAAGAACCUAAAACUUUCAAAUAUCCUUACAAUUCAAAAACAAGCAUUAAAAAAUCACCAGUAAAUCGAAGUAAUAACUACACAGAACCAGUUACCGAGUCUCCUGGAUCUAUUAGUGAUUUAUAUGAUCAUUACGCAUAUUCUAGUGUAGAUGAAGAAACCUCGAAUGCGACCAAUUUACAAGAAACUUCAAAUGAUGGAAGUAUUGAUUCAAAUGAAAGUUCUAAUGAUAGUGUCCUCGUUAAACCAUCUCAUUCAGAAUCAAUGAUUCAUGAAAAUUUUGAUGCUUUAGCUUCAGAUACUGUGACGGAUGGUUGGAGCAAUGUAAACAAUGAAAAUGCUCAUUUUCUUCAGAGGAACAACAAUAAUGGACGACUCAACGAUGAAUUGGUCAGUAAAGGCAAUCAAGAAUCUACUCAUUAUAACAAAACUAGAAGUAACCAUUCCAAGAAUCGCCAUAAACCAUUAUUUACUUCUACCAAUACUCCUAUGACUGCGAAAACUAAAAACGUAUCCAAGAAGAAGCAAACUUUGGAAGAGAAAAUUGUAAAAUUAUUCAAGAGGAAAGCUCAUCGUAGAACUUCCUCUUCUUCAGAAAACCAAAUUUUCGGCCAAGAGCCAUUGAAAGAGGAUGUACUUUUUGAGUAUACAACUGAAAGAGAAAAUUCAGCGGGUGACAACCUCGAGGGUCAUUCAAUCCACUCUCAUGAGAGCUUCAAAUCUUCAGAUAGUGAAACUAGUGACAAAGAACUUCCUUCUCUUCAACCUGCUGUUAGUGUAGUGAGUACGAAGAAAGAAUCAAACGCAUCUGCACCUCCUUCUUCAGCUUCCUCUUCUUCAUUAUCAUCAUCUUCUUCAACAGUUAUCCAAACGGUAGAGUUGGAAGGUGAUGAAUCACAAGAUGUCAGUUACGAAGCCCUAAAAGGAGAGGAUUUUAGAAAUCCAGAGUUAUCAUCAAGUGAAACCACGGCAGAACAAGAAAAAGAGUUGAAAUCCGCAAUAUCAUCCUUACCGCCUAGGAAAUUAACAUUUGACGAUGUUAAAAGGCCAGAAAAACCAAAUGCGCCAAUUCACUUUAGUGACAGUGCAUUCGGUUUCCCAUUGCCCAUGCUGACAACAUCAACAGUCAUUAUGUUUGAUCACAGGUUAGGCAUUAAUGUCGAAAGAGCCAUCUAUAGAUUGAGUCAUUUGAAGUUAAGCGAUCCCAAAAGAGAACUGAGGCAACAGGUUUUGCUGAGUAAUUUCAUGUAUGCUUAUUUGAACCUAGUCAAUCAUACACUUUAUAUGGAACAAGCAGCCGUUUCUUCAAACGAAAGUGACUAUGAGGAAGAUUUGGAAGAAGUAGAACAAGAAACAGGUGGGGUCGGUCGCUAUACUACAGCACACAAUGCAUCUGAUGGAACUAUUGUCAUACCAGAUAUGUGA